AUGGAGGUUAACCAAUCGCGUCAACUGUUCAAGGUUGCUGUGAGCUCAUUGGCACGGUUGCAAGCUUGGGCCCAUCCAAUCAUACGCGUGAGCAGUUCUCUUACGCACGCGCGUGACCGUGCGUGCACGUGCUUAAAAUGCCGCCUAAGAGAAGAAAGCUUCUUGGACGACGCACGGCUGCUGCCUCCGCUACAAGAGCAGCAAGGGCAAGUGAAACCACAGAGCAAACUUCGUUGCGCCUUUCUCAGAUGGCCCCACGCUCUGCUGUCCGCAUCUCCAUCUAGACUUUCAACUGAAGAGCAUUUAGUACAGAAUUCACGGGACGCAAUACGUGUUUCUAGGGCCAGGGCUUCCGAGUUCCCAACACAGACAAUCCUUCGGCGUUUAAAGAAUGCCAGCGCUACAGUAUGUUCUAGAGCUUUAGAAAGCCCUGAACAAACCACUUCACGUCGUCUUAGGUAUGCUAGGGCUACAGCAACUUCCAGGGUUUUGGAACAACCUCAACAAACCACUGUUCGUCGUUUAAGAAAUGCCAGCGCUACUGCGUCUGCCAGAGCUUUAGAAAGUCCUGUGCAGACCGCUAAUCGUCGUUCGAGGAAUUCCAGAUCUAUUGCGUCUGCUAGAGCUUCAGAAAGUCCUGGCGUACGGCGAUCACGGCUCAACAACAAUGGCCAAGUCGCAAGGACAGACGCUCAGCGUCGCAAGGACAGACGCUCAGCGUCGCAAGGACAGACGCUCAGCGUCGCAAGGACAGACGCUCAGCGUCGCGAGUCCGCAUUUAGGCGAACAGUGAUUCGACCAUGGACAGUUUUACAUAGGCUGCUCCCGAGUCGGGAUAUUACUUAUCUGUUUAUUUUUUCUGGGCUCUCAAACUAUUCCCUAUCUAUCUAUCUAUCUAUCUAUCUAUCUAUCUAUCUAUCUAUCUAUCUAUCUAUCUAUCAUAUUUAA